GGGGACGACUAGCGAAAUGAGAGAGAAAGGAAGCAGUCUCCAGGGCAAUUCGGUUCCUGUCGGUACGCCUCGAACGUUUGCAAUUGGAAGGCGCUAUCCGUUCCAUGGGGUGCCGGGAGCUGUUUGGCUGGUAGGAGCAUCGGGAAAGUUCGAUGAAAUUACGUAGGUACCUCGCCGCAGAUAUUCCCAUCUACCUAGUUAGCCUAUUCCAUGUCUAUAUGGGCGCCAUUUCCCAAGCAAGUCCUCUGCUUAUCAUGAGGCCCGGACACGGUAUCCGAAGCCAGCCCCGGGAACGUUCAGUGUGCAAGACAUUCCGUGCGCCUACUCUCUGGCUAUUAUCACUCCACUUGGAUGCAUACAUACGGAUGAAGUCUCCCAUCCAAUCGAAAACGAGGAAUUGUCAUUGGCGUUGCCCAGGUGAGGAGGAAGACGCGCUAAGGUUGAGGCUCUGCACCUUACCUAAUUGGACAGCUGUGAUCCUUGCAGCGAUCCGAGGCUUGGAGCUCCGACCCAGCCACGUCCAUCAACCCACUCAGCAACACUCACAAUGCGCUGAAGCCUCUCUCGCUCGAUCUUCGUUAUAUGAAUUUAGACAUGCCCUGACGAGGAAGCGUUCGUUCGCCCGCUCAUUCUGUGCGACCUGAUAUAGCACAUGUACUUCCUUCUUUGAUUCACCAAGAUCCAGGUCGUUUUAUUGGAUAUCUCCAUACCGCAGCACGAUGUUCUUGAGCUACAGUAUCCGUGGAAGCUUGUUGCUAGCAUUAGCAGCGGCAUGGAACACUGAUG